GAAGGUUAAACGUUUCGGUGCGAAGUCCCUGCAUGCAUUUCUCUCCUGAAAAAAAGAAGAAGUUUUCUAUUUGACGGGUUCCUAUUUUCACUCUAAAAGGAGAGAAAAUUUGUCCGCCCUUCGACGGGUUCUUUUACACAAAUACACCAUCUGCUGCGAGAUAAUGGGGAAAUUACAACAAACGAUCCCUGUGUUAUUAUUGGCGGCAUGCAUUGCACAUGCUGCCGACAUCUGCGGGACAACUAUAACGUACCCUGGCACACUGGAGUCUCCGGGAUUCCCCAGCCCUUAUGCAAACAACCUUCGGUGUAACAUGACCCUCAUAGGUGGCAGCGAUGCUCCCAUUGUAUUACAGUUUCAAAGUGUCGACUUCAGGGACGAUGGCGAUAUGGUUAUGGUCGAGGACCAGUAUGGAGCUAUUUCGUGGGUAACUGGCAGUGUGGUUCCUAAGGAGUUUCUAAGUAAAGUACUGCACGUGACCUUUAUAUCUGAUGGCGUCAAUACCAACGGGACCGGGUUUCAAAUGACCUUUGCUGAAUACCCAAGAAAUGAUGUGCCAGUAAAAGAAACAUUCCACCAAGUAUCGAUGAAACCAGGCAAGGCACUUCACCUGUACAGCAACGACUACCCCAUGAACUAUGAUGACACCACUCACUAUAUUUGGAACAUUACGUCAUCCGAUCUCAUGACCUUCACCAUGGUCGACGUAGAACUCGAGGUACGUGAUUGGAUGAAAGUCACCUCAUACUCCCUGACUCGUGACCCCACGGAGCUGCUUAUGCAAAUGGGAACGCCCUCCGCGAACAUUGGACAAAUCACGGUAGCGGAGAGUGAUUACGUCAUUGUAGAGUUCCGGACGGAUUUUUCAGGGCGGGCCUCCGGAUUCCACAUCAUUGUUGAACCGAACAGCGUUGCAGCAAUGGAGGAAAAGCCGCUUUCUUCAACAUGUGGAGGCAACUUUACACUAGUCGAAUCCGCCCUUACCUUCAACCUGCCUGCCGACACAGCUGAUCUGCACUGCGUCUACAGGAUAACCAACAGUGACACGACCUCCAGGAUGCGAGUCCUGGUGGACGAAAUGACUUCAGAAGAGGGAAUCGACGCCCUUCACGUGUUCACUGGUCUUGAUCACUCAGACUCGUCUGCCUACCGCCGUCAGCUCACCGGCUCAGUCAAUGACGAGGUCAUCUUCCUCCAAGAGGGUCAUGGUGUGACCAUGGUUUUCACUUCCGGGUCAGCUAACAUCAGUCGAUCGCUCACUGUACUCGUAGAGCACGUCCAAGAUUAUGGUUGUGGAGGAACACUUGAUCUGACAACAUCAAACGGGAUGGGAACCAUUCACAUUGGAAACCUGUCCGCGAGCAUGAUCGACGUGUAUUGUCAAUGGCAUGUCCACACGUCGAUGCUGACAAAUGUGAACGUCCGCGUAUCCUCACAGUCUGAAUCCCUGUAUGACAUGUUGGAGAUCGGCUACGGGUCCGCUCCUACCGAUUUGGGUAGCCGGUUGAAGCUGAUGACCGAUGACGUCAGGAACCAGACCUAUUCCACCUACAAUGGCGACCUCUGGAUCGUAUUCUCAGCCGAGGAUGUGAUGUCCAAUGAAGUCGACAUCGAUCUCGUGCUUGAUGACGAUGCCUGCCUGAUUGACACGCGUUUAGACCUGAAUGGCGUCAUCUCGACCCCGCAGCUCGCCGGCGGGUUCUACCCGAACGACGCCGAUUGCCAGUGGAUUAUCCAAGUCCGCGGGGGAUUCCGAGUCCGUAUUCAUUUCACCGAGUUCGACUUAGAAUUCGGGCACGAUAAAAUCAUCAUCGGAGGCUCCGACCUUGUCGAUGACAACUUCGGAACUUCGUAUAUCAUUAUUACUGGUUCAGAAUUACCCAAUGAUGUCAACAGCCGGUACAAUGGCCUCAAUAUCCGAUUCACAUCGGAUAGCACUGGUACCGGUUCCGGAUUCAGUUUGACUUAUGAAGAAUUCUUCGAUUGCCCUACCGGAUACAGUUACAACCCGUCGAACGAUACUUGCUACAAGUUCGUGGACACGCCCACCGAUUGGUUCAGCGCCCGCUACGACUGCACUGACGUCGCCGAUGGUGAUAUUGUCGUGAUCAAUGACCAGGCGGAGAACGACUACGUCCUCCAGACGAUCAAUGCCAUGAAGGGCAACGAUUCCAGUGAUUGGUGGAUAGGCUAUUACGAUGGCGCCAUCAACGGCGUGUGGACAUGGGUGGAUUGCGGUGCGGAUACCGAUUUUGCCGACACCAACUGGCAGUUCGGUGCGCCGAAUAACCGGGACGACAGCCACUGCGCCUACAUGAAUCUAACCGAUGGGAAAUACAAUGAUGAUGCCUGCUUUAAUACCAGACGUUAUGUCUGCGAAAUCACCCGAAAAGAUUAUGUGGAUUCCGACUGUUACCCGUCGAAUUUCCAAGUCAUUUCCAUCGACGAUGAUGAAGUUUCUUUGUCUUUCAACGUUUCUGAAUAUGCAUGCGACGUUGCCGGAUAUACGAUCCGUUACAAUACCACAGCCGAAGGCGAUUUUAUCGCAAUCGAUCUCGUAGGGGCGCUUAACACUGACGUCGUUAUUAGCGGUCUCUCUCCCGCUACUACCUACCUGUUUGAACUGACGACCUGCACGGUCAGCUAUGGGUGCUACGGAUUCAGCACCGCUCUGUCUGUGCUUGGUACAACCACUUGUCCCGACAACUACGAGCUUGGUCCCAACGGCCAUUGCUACCGCUUCAGAGACCUCGACCUCGGCUCCUGGUGGUCGACCGGAAGACGAACAUGCGACAACGUGGCCGACUCCGAUCUCGUCAUCGUCAAUGACCAGGCUGAACUUGAUUUCCUAACAAUGAGGUCGGCGGAGAUCAACCCCAACAUGACGUGGUGGGUCGGCUAUUCGGAUCAGUCCGUAGAGGGCGAAUGGCGCUGGGUCGAUUGCACAGAAUCGACCGAUUGGCAGAACGAUCUCUGGGAGGCCGGUUCCCCUGGCAACGGUCGUCUGGACUGCGCGGCUCUCCAACCCACCGGUGAUCUUGUAUCUCUCGUUUGUGACAAAGCACUAAGUUACAUAUGCGAAAUAUCUCCAAAAGAUUUCCAACUCCAGGACGCUAACCCAAGUGAUCUUGCCGUCGUCGCUACACAAACAAGCAUGCUGGUCACGUGGACACAAUCAGAGACAAGCUGUGACGUAGUCGGUUACAGAGUUCAGUAUUGGCUGGCUGAUGAAGACAACGCUGACGUCAGUUCCGAACUCGUAUACGGAGGUAAUGCAAACAGCGCCUCCAUCGAUAAUUUAUUGCCAGACCGCAUGUACAACGUGAACGUGGCAGCUCUCCUCAGUCAGGAUUAUGAGCUGUCCCCUAUUGGACCCGUGACAGUCAAAACAGUUGCUGCUAUCAUCCUCGAAUGCUCGCCCACCAGCAUGUCAGUGCGAGUUCCUCUGGAGCGUCUCGGCGGUGCGACCGUCGGGACCGACCUCCAGCUCAUGAACGAUGAAAAUUGCCAGGGGGUUAUCUCCACAGAUGGAAUGGCCAUUGUUAUCUCCACCAAUCUGACGUCAUGUAACAAUGAUAGGAGUGAAGAUGCCACUUUCGAGUUUUACAGCACCCAGUGACCGAGCGAGAGUAUGGUGUCGUAACCCGUGUUUCUGAUGUGUACAUCCCAUUCACCUGUACUUACAACCGAACUGGACGGGUGGGACUACGCUCAUA